AUGUUUGAAAAUGUUCGGCCUCAAGUAAUAAAGAAGGCUGCACUAGUAUUACAAGAUUCUGAAGUCUACCAACAUUGUCAAAUCACAUUAGAUUUUCACAGAGAGAAAAAUAGUACUGAUAAUAAUAAUGAUAAUAGUUCAGAAAAAAAUUCUUCGGAAAAUAUUAAUAAUGUUGAUGAUAUCGAGGAUAAUUUAUCAGAUGAUAAUUCUGAAGAAGAAGAACCUGUGAACAUAGAAGAUGAAUCAACUCUUUUAAUGACGCAAGCUAUUGUCUUUGCUCCAGGAGAAGGUCAGUUACCAGUUUCAUUGUUUGAUAAAUACACUGAAGCAUUAAGUUUUCUAAAAAUUUAUGGGGGCAAGUUAAUUAAAAAACCUGAACAUAUAACUUAUCAAAAUUGGAUCAAAUCAGAAAUAAUGAGAUCAGAUCGACGAUGUGCUACGAUUAUUAAAUUAUUUUUCUCAGCUUUAAAACUUCGAACAUCGAAAAUCGCAUCAAAAUAUCAUGAGAAAAAUAAAAUUUGUAGUGAUGAAGAAGACGAUAAUGAUGAUUUGAUUGACAAUUCUGUAUCUUUAAAACUUAUUGAUAAUUCAGGUUUUGUUCGAAAAAGAAAAAAAUCAAAAAUUAUUCGAUUUAUAAACUAUAACGAACAAGUAGAUAAAGAUAAUUUCAUUCGUGAAAAUGUAAUAAGAUCUGAAUACGUUUAUAAUGAAAAUAUAGAAAAUAUAUUACAUGAAGCUAUUCAAAAAAUAAUUGAAUUUGAUAAUGAAAAUGAAGCGGAGAAAAAUAUUCCAAGAAAUUUAGAAGUUUUUGAUGAUCCUACUCACGAAGGUGAUAUUGCUAUAGAUAUGAAUGAAAAUGGAGCUAAAAAUAAAAAAAAAGUGGAUGAUAAUAAAGAUGUUUAUUAUACGUCAAUACCUCGAUUGAUUUCGGAGGAAGAUUUUAUUAACUUAAAGAAAUUAUCGUUAUCAUGUUAUUUUAUUCAUAAUUCGGAGUCAGAAACACUUCUUUAUCAAAAUAUACAAAGCUUGAAAGAAAAGUCGCACUGGUUGGAUUUUAAUAAUUUUAUGAAGUUAUACAAGCCUUGUAUUUUUAUAGCUGCAGAGACGUGGAUAAAAAUUAAAGAUGAUAUUACAGUACCGGGUUAUGAAAUUGUUUAUCGUGUUAAUGUAGCAAAAACUCGAUUAUAA